GGCAUGAUUUUAGUAAUGAUGUUUUAUUAGUUCUUGUGUGUGACACAGGGAAAGGAUUAUGCAUCAAAAUUGCCUUUUCAGAACUGUUUAAGGUUACAAGGUAGUUGCAUAUCAUUAUCCCAAUGCCUUCUCAUCUGUUCUACUGAUGGAAGGUUAGAGACUAUUAGCAGUUGGAGUUUAGGGAAGGAACAUUUUGAGCCAAACCUCAGGUCAGAAAAUUGGAACAAAAUUAACAUAAAACAUGAUCAGAAAUUUCCUGUCCAGCCCACGGGGUGGAGUUUUGUCCAUUCAUAAGUCCUGCCGGAAUGUCAGGAGCAGAAAAGAGCUGCUUUUGGAGUGACUGCAUCUCAGCAUCAACCAUGGCUCUCAAGGUGCUGCUGGUGUGUCUGGUGCUCGCUCUCCUUACCGUCUUUGCUCUGACCUAUGUCUUGCUGACCAGGCAAGGCAGUUCCAGCCAGUCUCCUCGAUGCCCCUCCAUUCCUCCCAGAAUUCAUCCCUGGACACACCAUGGCCAGGGUCAGCUCUUUGCAGACCUGAGCCCCGAGGAGCUAACAGCUGUGAUGAGCUUUCUGACCAAGCACCUGGGACCAGGGCUGGUGGACGCAGCCCAGGCUCGGCCCUCAGACAACUGUGUCUUCUCGGUGGAGCUGCAGCUGCCUGCCAAGGCUGCAGCCCUGGCCCACCUGGAUGGAGGGGGCCCGCCGCCUGCCCGAGAGGCGCUGGCCAUCAUCUUCUUUGGUGCACAACCCCAGCCCAACGUGACUGAGCUGGUGGUGGGGCCCCUGCCUCACCCAUCCUACAUGCGAGAUGUGACCGUGGAGCGUCAUGGUGGGCCUGUGCCCUAUUACCGGCGCCCCAAGCUGAGAGUGGAGUUCGUUCAGAUUUGGAGGUAUUUGAAAGAAGUGGAGCUCCCAAAGGCACCCACCUUUCUGGCUUCUGUCUUGAACUACAAUGGCUCUACCUUGGCACCUCUGCAUUCCUCUGCUAGCAGCUUCCAAUCAGGGGACCGGACUACCUGGAUAGCCCUCUACCAUAACAUCUCAGGCCUUGGAAUAUUCCUUCACCCUGUGGGGCUGGAGCUACUGCUGGACCACAGAGCCCUGGACCCUGCCCACUGGGUGGUCCGCCAGGUCUUCUACCUUGGGCACUACUAUGCAGACUUGGCCCAGUUGGAAUGGGAAUUUAAGGCUGGCCGCCUAGAAGUGGUUCGGGUUCCUCUGCCCACACCAAAUGGGGCUUCCUCCCUGAGGUCUCGAGUUACUCCAGACCCCCCUCUUCCCCCUCUUCAGUUCUCACCCCAGAGUCCCCAGUACAAUGUGCAGGGAAACUUAGUGGUGUCCCCCCUCUGGAUGUUUACAUUUGGUCAUGGUGCGUUCACUGGCUUAAGACUUUUUGAUGUGCGGUUUAAGGGUGAGCGUGUGGCUUAUGAAGUCAGUGUCCAGGAGUGCCUGACUGUUUACGGUGCUGAUUCCCCCAAGACAAUGAUGCUCCGUUACUUGGACAGCAGCUUUGGGCUUGGCCAAAACAGCCGAGCCUUGGUUCGGGGAGUGGACUGCCCUUACCAGGCCACAAUGAUUGACAUCCAUGUAUUAGUAGGCACAGGGGCAGUCCGGCUGCUCCCAGGGGCUGUGUGUGUAUUUGAGGAGGCCCAAGGAUUACCCCUUCGAAGGCACCACAACUAUAUAGGGGGUCAUUUCUACGGUGGUUUGGCCAGCUCAGGCCUUGUGGUCAGGUCGGUGUCAUCAGUGGGCAACUACGAUUACAUUUGGGACUUUAUACUGUACCCAAAUGGGGCGCUCGAAGGGCGUGUCCAUGCCACAGGCUAUAUCAACACAGUCUUCCUGAAUGGAGGGGCUGAGAGCCUCCUUUUCGGGAACCGCGUGGGAGAGCGAGUGCUGGGAGCAGUGCACACACACGCUUUCCACUUCAAGCUGGACCUGGACGUGGCAGGCUUGAAAAACUGGGUGGUAGCUGAAGAUUCGGUGUUUGAGCCUGUAGCAGCCCCCUGGAGCCCGGAGCAUCAGCUACAGCGCCUACAGCUGACCAGGCAGGUCCUGAGCAGGGAGGACCAGGCUGCAUUUCCCCUGGGGAGCUCCCUUCCUCGAUACCUUUACCUGGCUACCAACCAGACCAAUGCCUGGGGCCACCAGCGUGGGUACCGAAUCCAGAUCCACAGCCCUCGUGGUAUCCAUGUACCUCUGGAGAGUGGCAUUGAAAGGGCUCUUAGCUGGGGAAGAUACCAGCUUGUGGUGACCCAGAGGAAGGAGGAGGAGUACCAGAGCAGCAGCAUCUAUUACCAGAAUGACCUGCGGACCCCGACCAUGGCCUUUGCUGACUUCAUCAACAAUGAAACCCUCUUAGGAGAGGAUCUGGUGGCUUGGGUGACAGCCAGUUUCCUGCACAUCCCCCAUGCUGAGGACAUCCCCAACACAGUGACUGUGGGGAACAGUGUGGGCUUCUUGCUCCAACCCUACAAUUUCUUCGAUGAGGAUCCCUCUAUCUUCUCCCCUGGCAACAUCUACUUUGAGAGGGACGAGGAUGCGGGGCUGUGCAGUGUCAACCCUGUGGCCUGCACCCCACAGCUGGCGGCCUGUGUCCCCAACUUGCCCUCCUUUUCCUAUGAAGGCUUAUAGGCCUGAGGAUGUGGUAAGAUCCCAGGGGGCCGGGGAGUGAGCCGCAAGCACCUAUAUUCUGUCUCCUGUGUUUUUAUUACCUGCCCCACCCCCACCCCAGGUCUCUACCCUCUGCUCCUUAGAAAACAGCCUCUGGCCACACUAAAUCCCUGGGCCUCCUCUUCUGGGUUGAUUCUUGCCUCCUGCCUGAUGUGGGAGUGAUUUCUUUCUAAUCUGUUGCUUUCAUUGGUUAAUUAAUAAAGAAACUGCCUAGGCCCAUUUGGUAGGCCAACCCUUAAGUGGAUGGAGAAAACAGAACAGAAUGCUGGGAGAAAGAAGCUGAGUCAGUGAGUCGCCAUGAUUCUCCCACUCCAGACAGAC